GCGGGAGGAGAGCACCGCGGACAAGGACAGAAACAGCGCAUGGGAGAGGGACAGGAGCGCGAGCAGGGCCUCGUCCUCCACCUCCGCCGCCACACUCACUAACGGCUGGUACUCGCCGGCACUGAGCGGCGUGUCUGCCGCCAGGAUCCGGGACAACCCCAAGCACACCAAAGAGUCGUGCAACCGCAAGCUGCUCAAGUCCGACCUCAGCCUCACCUCGCACCCCGAGAUGGAGAUAGACUACUACGACUACGAGGUCAACAACGCAGGUUCUGUGCCAGGCUCCUACUUAGGAAUGGAUCCCGCUUUUUUAGUGUGGAUCCCGCCGAUAGAGGACGGCGAUAUCAUCAAAGAGAUUGACGAGAAUAAGCCUAUCAAAUAUGAGGAGGUUAUCCCCGUGGAGUUACGUCCGGACCCGGGCAGCAACAGAGAGUCCCCGGAGGAGUGCGGAGGCUCGCUGCGCGCCGACACGCGCCGCAACCGCUCCGACGACUCCAUCAAGUCCUUCAAGAAAGUGAUGGACAGAGGCGGCCUCAUACACCCCCUCAACUUUAGCGUCAGCGACCUGCAGCACUCGCCCCAACUCAACAACAGGAGCAAGAGGAGGAAGGAGGAGAGCCCCGUCUCCAUACCGAUGAAGGAUUUGACCCUCAACAUGUCGCCCGUCAGAGUGCACCGGAGAGAGACGCGACACGACUACGACAACUCGUCCACGCUUAAGCGCGUCUACGACACGACACGAGAGAAGGACGACACGUUAAAAAGGUCGGACGUCAUCGACUUGAAGUUUGCGGACGAGACGUCGGAUUCUUCUAGCGAUAUAAAGUUUGCGGACGACUCGCCCGACAGCAACCGCCUCGCGGACAGGUACGAGCUCGCGGCGUAGAGCUGCGCCCGCUCUGCACUCCGUCAUCGUCCGUACUUAUUCAAAACCUUCCUUCACUACUGUUAUAAACAAUCCAAGGUUGAGGUGGUAAGAAUUAUCAAUAUAUUUGUAGAUAUUUAAUUGUAAAGCAAACAUUUACUCUAAUGUUAUUGAUUCAAUUGAACACGAGCCGUUAUUGCCGCUGAGGUCGCUCCCUCGCAGAAGCCGCUGAUAGUUAGAACAUACGUAGUCGAGUAUAAGGACCAAUAUCAACUCGUGAUAAUUGUAUUUCAUAUCGCAAAUAGACUUAUCAAAGAUUUCCAUUAUUCAUAGAGGCACAUAACAAAAUACAUAUUUUUCUGUGUCGUAGUCUAGUCAUCUCCAAAUAUUAUAAUAUAGUUGUCUCACUCGCACUGUACAUUUCCAUACAUAUUUGUUUUUGUACUUAGAAGACUGACAUGUUCGGGCAGUGCAAUAAUUAUAAGUCUGCGAAUUAUUUUAAGUUAAUUAAAUUUGAUGGCAAUUGUAAUGUAGAUUGUUUAAGGGAAAAUUGUCUUUAAAUGUUUUUUUGUUUGCAAAUGUAAAAAAAACAUUGUCCAUGUAACUACUAUGCUAUACUAUGCUACGUUUUUCCAGUAAAGUUGGACAGUAGUACUCUACUCUACUGACCUGGCAUGGACUGUUUGAGCUCACUGGCGUCAGUUACUAUUUAUAUUAUUCCAGUAUUCAACAUUAAGCGUAACAAUUAAGCGCUGCUGACCAACAUUAUUGGCACAAUGUAAACCAAGUAUUAGGUAUUAGUUUCUGUGCCGCGAGGACACAGAAAGGAGUAUGAUCCUAAGUCUGCUUGCCAUUUUUAUUAUCACUAACCAAGUUUAACAUUUAACACGUUCUAGCUUUUUUUGCGUAGAAAUUCUAUUAUAGAAGACAAAUAUUUGCAAUGCAGUGAUUAUAGUAAAUUAUAAACGAGAUCGUUUGAAUGAUUAAGUGAUAAUGUUAAGUGAUUGGAAAUGAGGCAAGUUGGGAAUACGAUUGUGAUACUCAUUGUACUUAAAUUAUAGAUAAUUUAUAUAAUUUUAUAUUUACAUAUGUAAAUGAACAGCCAGAUAAAUGUUUUAGUUGAUUACAUAAACAUGAUAUGCUUGAGUUAAGUCAGACGUCAUGUGAAAUAGUUGAAGCAGAAACAUUUCCACGUCUAGACUUAGCGUCUAAGUAGAAUAUUUAAACUAAUUUAUUUGAUUAAUGUUUAUAUUCUAUUUACUUAUUGUUCAAAGGCUUCAGAAAUUGUUUAAUUUAUGAAACGCACCGCUCUAAAACUGCCAUUUUGUUUUAAUUAUAUUGACACGGUAUCUCUGGAAAUAAUGUAACAUUAUGUUGGAACAUGAUUACGGUCACUUUGUCCAACAAACCCUUCUCAAAUAUUUACAUUAUCUUAUCUAUAUGGGAAUUUUGUUUGGAUAUAAUUUGUUUCUAGUCAUUUUUGUUGUCUUUAGUUUA